AUGCAAGAUUAUCAUUCAUUCAAAGUCUACUCAACAAAAGUAAAUUCAGAAAAUUUGGGAAGAAGAAGAAGAAAGUACGUGAGAAAUGAAAUUUUCGUCUUCCAUUUCGUAGAUGAUUCAAAAAGUUCCUCAAUUGCAUGGGUGUUGCGGAUAAUGAAGAAGAGGAAGAAAGAAGGUGAAAUUGGUGGAUUCAUUAUUUUUGUAUUGUUUUGUUCACAACAUUUACUCAGCAAACAAACAAUAAAAAAAUAA